AUGGCAGGAAAGAAGGGAGGUAAAAAGACCAAGAAGGACGCUAAUGCACCAAAGAAGCCAAAGACUGCAUACUUCUUGUUCUGUGAUGACCACAGAGAUGAAGCCAAGAAGAAGGCUGGUGAAGGCAAAAGUGCCAGCGAAGUAAGCAAGAUUUUGGGAGAAAUGUGGGGUCAACUCAGCGACGAACAGAAGAAACCAUACACUGACCGAUACAAGGUUGAGAUGGAGAAACACAAGAAGGUCAUGGAUGAGUACAAGAAGAAUAAGCCAGAAUCAGAAGAGGAGAGUGAAGAAGAAUCCGAUGAAGAUAGUGGAAAGAAGAAGAGAAAGAGAACCAAGAAGGACAAGGACGCUCCAAAGCGACCACUCUCUUCCUAUAUGCUCUUCUCUCAAGAUAAGAGAAAGCAACUCCUCGAAGAAGAUUCCACUUUGAAGGUCACUGAGGUUGCCAAGAAAGUUGGUGCUCUCUGGCAAGCAAUGAGUGAUGAAGAAAAGAAGCCAUACAAUGACAAGGCAGCCAAGUUAAAGAAGGAAUAUGAAGCUGUCAAGGCCAAGUAUGAUGAAACUCACAAGAAGUCUGGAUCAGCAUCUUCAUCCAAGAAGAAGAAGAAGGAAGAAUCCGAAGAGGAAGAGAGCAGUGAAGAAGAGGAAAGCGAUUAA